AUGCCCCCGGCCGCACCUGACGAUUUGAUCCGACAGCAGAGCCGGUCGCUAGAAGACGAAACAUCCUUUACUCCUGAUCAAACUCGCAUCAUUCCAGAGCAUGAGUCAAGUGGUAGUAAAGGCAAAAAGAAGAAAAAUAGCAAGAAGGCUAAGGCCGCGGCCAGGGCCGUGACAGAGACUGAGACCCCUCCAGACGACGUGGUUCAACCCUCGGAUAUUCCACCGGUAGAGGCAUCUUCUUUUCCAGAUCCCUCUCUGGAGCACCAUGUACCACCCACCGUGACAUCGCCCGUCCUCGACGUGCUCGGGUCAAUAGGAGACACCGCCGACACCGAUCUCACCAGCCGCACCGACACAUGGGCCAAAUCGGUUCCCUUUGGUAAAAGCCCUCCAACGGAUCUGAUGGAUGGUGAGGUUCCUCAUGAAUCCUCUCUCAACUUCCCCACUAUCCAAGAACGUGGUGGCUUUAGCCAACCUUCUUCGGCAUCUCCCCCGACGCGACUUCGACCAUUCAGCUACAGUAGUGGGUACCGAAGCAAUAUGCAAUCCCGACACCAGUCUAUGGAUAGACGCAAGAGUCAGUCUUAUGGCAGUCCAAUGAGUAAUCUUGCGCCCCCACCUCACCUGCCCCAGGCCCAUUUCUAUGGCGCACCCGAAAUCGACAUUCCUUCCCACACCCGGCCCGUGACGGAUGGAGCUUACUCGUUCUGUGGAUUUGAUACUCUUCCCAAUCUGUCAAAGGCAUCACGCGGUGCCUUGAAUGUUCUGGUGGUAGGAACAGAUAGUGUAGUGGAAGUUCAGGCGAUCGAGGACCAUCGGACACGGCUUAUUGGGCAGAUCACUGGUCUCAAUGGUCGGGUUCUCGAGGCAAAGAUCGUGGCCAGUCACCCCCCAUUGGAGUCACCUGCAUCUUCCCAGGCUCACGUGGUCGUCGUUGUCCAUGGGCCACUGGCACCGAAUGACGAAGAAGGUCGUGUCUCCUCUGCGGGCUCUGAGAUCAAUGAAGUGCCUCCGUCCAUGAUACGGGGCCCUUCAAGUGACAGACGUCUCCCUCGAGAGGAUAUUCUGUUCUAUCAAACUCGAGUGGAAGUAUAUUCUCUCCGGUCUGGGGAUCAUGUUGCAACCCUAUUUGCAGGCAAACAUGUACCGUCUUUGGAGAAUAUUCCCGGUCUUCCUUCCUUGGCACCCUCGCCUGUGGGUAGUUUGAAGCUCAUGACUAGUGGAAAUCAUGUUAUUGUAGCUUCUGGUGUCAGUGGGGAAGUUUAUGUGUACAGGCAAACUUCCUCGGGGUCCUAUCAGUGCUUGGGGAAAACCUGGACAAAUAUACAGACUGGGGAAAGCCGGCGAUACUCCACAUCUUCUAGCUCAACCGAUCCGGAUGGCUCUCAUAAUGACCUGCCCCGGACAUCGUUGUCUGAGCGUCCUAUUAUAGCCUUACAAGGGAGAUGGCUUGCAAUUGUCCCCCCAUGCUCCUCGUACAGGGGAUCUAUUCAAGGAAUAGUCCCUGCAAAUGUGAUACACGGCCGAGCUCAGGGACUUGAGACUCGCAGUCCUCCUACUAUGCCCUCCGCGAAUUGCGCGACGGAUAUUGGCGAAGGCGAAAGCUUUCUUGACAAGGUUGCCAGAGGUGUCACGCAAGAGCUUGUCAAAGGGGCUCGCUGGAUGGGAGAUCAAGGAAUGCAAGCAUGGAACACAUACUGGAAUAACCAGAAUUCCACUGGAACGCCUCCUCAACGCCCGAGUCGGGGCACAGAUUCUCCUGCCUCGGGAUAUGGAGUUUUCCCACCAACGCAUGCUCAGGAUAACCAAUCGACUGCCUCUCCUGCUCCUGACGCAGUCUCUAUCAUUGAUCUGCAGCGUUUUGAUGAUGGCAUGGACCUGAAGACGGCCACCCUACACCCUGUGGCAACCUUUCAGGCGCCGAACGGCUGCAGCUUUCUCUCCCUAUCACCUAAUGGACUUAUGCUAUUCACCGCUAGUAAGAAGGGUGAUGUCCAAUACGUCUGGGAUCUCAUGCAGCUGAAGAACUGUCGAGCAAUGGCGUUCAUGGCUGAUGAUCUAGCUGAUCAAAGCCCGAAAGUGCGUCAAGUAGCACGAUACGCUCGCUUGACCACAUCAAGCAUUGUCGAUGUGAUAUGGACUGCACCAGUGGGUGAUCGAUUAGCCAUAAUUACGCGUAAGGGGACUAUUCAUGUGUUCGACCUCCCUCGAAGUGCGUUUCAAUGGCCUCCUUUCCGCCGAGUUCGCCCUGUACUCAAAAAGUCUCCGACCAUUGAUCCAAUGAAUGACGAGAUAUCGGGACAAGUGACUGGUGGAAAUCCGUUAUCAGCAGCCAUGAAACUGGUCGGAGGGAAGACUCAACCCUUUUUCUCAGCUGUUCGAGGGCGUGUCCCUUCAACUAGCGGCACUGCGUUCCCAAACAUCAGCGGAUUUGCUUUGCCAACCGCAGCUGGCAUCAAAGGCGGGAAGGUAGUUGCAGCCGGACUCAGCAAAUCUAUGGGGGCUGCGGCCACUGGUACCGUUCACACCCUUCGACAUGUGGGGGAAAACCGACUUCAUCUGACAGGGCUUGCACGAGAUCCAGCUCCGUCUCGUGUGGUUUGGAUCUGUAACAAGGGUAUAAUCUACCUGGGAUUGGUGGAUGAUGGGAAUUUCAAAUUGUAUCGCCUCAAGCGAGGUCCGACUAAUCAUAAGAACCGUCAGUUUCACUCUGUGAUUGGUGGCAAAGAGAGGCAAUACAAGUUACCUGCUAGUCUGCAAACGCUCUGUGGACCAGCUCCUCUUAAAUCAUACGAUCCGGAGCUAGCUGUCAAGGCAACACUUCUUUUGCCCUCUGCUAGCGCACAUCCCUCUAGCACGAACAGGCUUUUCUGUCAGCCCCUCUCUCAAGCGGAGAUUGAGACGAACACACCAUAUCAACCUUUCCAUACCGAUCAGCGGGUUGGCCUACAUGUCUAUUCAUCCCAUGGUACUGAGGCGGAUCCGACCAUGGCUGGCCCUGGUGAACAGUGGGUUUUUGGAGGCGAAAUUCCAACUGCUAAAGUACAUGUGAGAUCGUACAGCAAUAGCGGCGAUGACAAUGCGGACGAUGAAGAAGACGACUCUGCUGUCCAUGGACAUUCAUUUGGUGCUGGUGGUGAUAUAGAGAAUCUCAUCAGUUUGACCAACAGUACCGGUCACGUCGAGGAGGUAGUCAUUACCACUCGCCGAAAGAAGAAAGCAUCAGCUCCCCUGAAGGCCGAUGAUGGCUUCUUUGAGGAUGACUGUGAGGUUCUGGACUUUGCUCGAGACCGAGUCUGA